GAAACCGCGUGCUAAUGUAAGCGGCGCGGGCGAGCUCGGCGUGUCCAGCUCGGCCACGGCCGCGCUCAGGUCCCGCCGAGCGCCGCCCGCCAGGCCGCCGCCUCGGCUUCCCCUUGCCCUUGGCCAGCGCGGAGGGGACGGGGCAAAGGAAGCCGGUGGUGUUCCCGUCCGCUCGGGUUCGGAUUUUUCAGCUGGGGAGAACUUUAUCCUGGGUCGACAAGGAGCAGCGGGCCACCGCGGAGGAGAGCGAGGAUAAGGAUGAUGCUGCUGCUGAUGUCGCCGCGGUGUAUCGCGCUCGGGGGGUUCUGGUGAGACACGCAGCUCCCAGAAACGCGCCCGCCUGUAGGAGGCUGUAGUGGUGCCGUCGCACGAAGGAGCUUCCCAUCUGAUUUAAACCUCAAACGGACGCUUUAAUUUCUUUCUUUCUUUCUUUCUUUUUAUUUUUAUUUUUAUUUUUAUUUUAAUCUUUCCCAACGGGGCUGGUUGCUUGGACGCUAAGGCCAGCGAACAUCUUGAGGGGUUUGCUUUCCUUUUGUCCUGGGGACUUCUCUGCAACUAACGGAAGAGUCUGUGCUGCGUGUGUGGUACCCUUGCCUCUGCCCUCCAGCGUUUCGUGCAUGUGCGAUUGGAGCUGCUCCGAUCGGGGACGGCUGUGCAAGAGCCCCCGCCCGCCUCCUUCCUCCUCCUCCUGCCUUCCUCUCUUGUUCAUCGCUCCGCGUCUUGCCGGUGGUUUGGCCCCUGCGCCGACGCCUGGGACCAACGCGUCCCUCCCUGGAGACUUUCUUUCGCCCCCUCGGCUUGCCACAGUCCCUCCGCGGACACUGCGACCCGCUCGCUCAGGCUGGAUUUUCCCCUUUUGACAAGGCGCAGAAGUGGAAAGAGGAGUCGCCUCCGCUCGGGGUUUCCGGCGUUACAAUCGCAUCGACCACUUGCGAGUCCGUGAAGGGGAUUAUUCGCUCCCGCUGAGGGGCGGCUGUUGCCUCCCCCCUGCGCCCCGUCGGGUCCCGUCCCGCCGCGCCCGGGCGUUGCGGGCGCCGCCCGCCGGUCGAAGCGCCGGCGAAGGAGCGCGGGGCGCUGGUGACCGUCCCAAGCGCGGCCCGUCCGCCUUUCCCAGCCACCUUCAGCCCUCCUUGGAACACCAGCAACAAAGGACGCCGCGGCUGGGGGAUGUCCCCGCGGCGGGGGCACUGAGUCGCGCCUCGUCCCGCUGCUGCCCGCGGCGGCGAAGGGAAGGCGGCCGGCGGGUGUCGCCGCUCCUGUCCCCUUGGCGCACCGGGUGUGAAGCCGGGGCAGGGCGGGGAGUCUCGCCGCGAGAACCGCGCUGCCAGGGAGACCCGCCGCGGCUGGAGCCAUGUUCCCCCAGAGCCGGCACCCCACCCCGCACCAGGCUGCGGGCCAGCCUUUCAAAUUCACCAUCCCGGAGUCGCUGGACCGCAUCAAAGAAGAGUUCCAGUUCCUCCAGGCGCAGUACCACAGCCUUAAAUUGGAAUGUGAGAAACUGGCAAGCGAAAAGACAGAAAUGCAGAGGCAUUAUGUGAUGUAUUAUGAAAUGUCGUAUGGAUUAAACAUUGAAAUGCACAAACAGACAGAAAUCGCGAAGAGAUUGAAUACAAUUUGUGCACAAGUCAUCCCAUUUUUGUCUCAGGAACAUCAGCAACAAGUGGCCCAAGCUGUAGAACGUGCCAAACAAGUGACCAUGGCUGAAUUGAAUGCCAUCAUCGGGGUACGUGGCCUUCCAGGUCUACCUCCUACACAGCAGCAGUUGCAGGCUCAGCAUCUCUCUCAUGGCCAUGGACCUCCAGUGCCUCUAACGCCACAUCCAUCAGGACUUCAGCCUCCAGGAAUCCCUCCACUUGGAAGCAGUGCUGGCCUUCUUGCCCUCUCCAGUGCUUUGGGUGGGCAGUCUCACUUGGCAAUAAAAGAUGACAAGAAACAUCACGAUGCAGACCACCACAGAGACAGAGAGCCAGGCACAAGUAAUUCUCUGUUGGUCCCGGAGAGUCUACGAAGCACAGAUAAACGCAGGAAUGGCCCUGAAUAUGCCAAUGACAUCAAAAAGAGAAAGGUGGACGAUAAGGACUCCAGCCACUAUGACAGUGAUGGGGACAAGAGUGACGAUAACUUGGUUGUAGAUGUAUCCAAUGAGGAUCCUUCUUCCCCAAGGGCAAGUCCCACUCAUUCACCACGUGAAAACGGUAUAGAUAAAACCCGCCUACUGAAGAAGGAUGCCUCCAGCAGUCCAGCAUCUACAGCCUCUUCAGGAAGUUCUGCUUCCCUCAAAUCCAAAGAAAUGGGUCUGCAUGAAAAAGCCAGCACGCCUGUUCUGAAGUCCAGCACACCAACUCCUCGAGGUGAUGUGCCAACCCCAGGCACUAGUGCAACUCCAGGACUCCGUCCAGGCCUUGGCAAACCUCCAACAAUGGACCCUCUGGUUAACCAAGCUGCUGCAGGUUUGCGGACGCCAUUGGCAGUACCAGGACCGUACCCUGCUCCGUUUGGAAUGGUACCUCAUGCUGGCAUGAAUGGAGAGUUAACCAGUCCAGGGGCAGCCUAUGCCAGUCUGCACAAUAUGUCACCCCAGAUGAGUGCCGCUGCUGCUGCAGCUGCCGUGGUUGCCUAUGGAAGAUCUCCUAUGGUUGGGUUUGAUCCUCCUCCUCACAUGAGAGUACCUGGAAUCCCUCCAAACCUAGCAGGGAUUCCUGGGGGAAAACCAGCCUACUCCUUUCAUGUUACUGCGGAUGGUCAGAUGCAGCCAGUUCCUUUCCCUCCUGACGCCCUCAUCGGCCCAGGAAUCCCUCGCCAUGCCCGUCAGAUCAACACCCUGAACCACGGGGAAGUUGUGUGUGCAGUUACCAUCAGCAACCCCACGAGGCACGUGUACACGGGUGGGAAGGGCUGUGUCAAGGUUUGGGACAUCAGUCAGCCUGGCAACAAGAGCCCUGUCUCUCAGCUGGACUGCCUGAACAGAGACAACUACAUCCGCUCCUGUAAGUUGCUGCCCGAUGGAUGCACCCUCAUAGUUGGUGGGGAAGCCAGCACAUUAUCCAUUUGGGACCUGGCAGCUCCAACUCCUCGUAUAAAAGCAGAGUUGACAUCCUCAGCACCUGCCUGCUAUGCUCUGGCUAUCAGCCCUGAUUCCAAGGUGUGCUUUUCCUGCUGCAGUGAUGGGAACAUUGCAGUGUGGGAUCUGCACAAUCAGACAUUGGUCAGGCAAUUCCAGGGCCACACAGAUGGAGCCAGCUGUAUUGACAUUUCUAAUGAUGGUACCAAGCUCUGGACAGGAGGUUUGGAUAACACUGUCAGAUCCUGGGACUUGAGAGAAGGGAGACAGCUACAACAGCAUGACUUCACAUCACAGAUAUUUUCCCUUGGUUAUUGUCCUACUGGUGAAUGGCUAGCUGUGGGAAUGGAGAGCAGCAAUGUGGAAGUGCUACAUGUAAAUAAACCAGACAAGUAUCAACUGCACCUUCAUGAGAGCUGUGUAUUGUCACUCAAGUUUGCUUACUGUGGUAAAUGGUUUGUGAGUACUGGGAAAGAUAACCUUCUUAACGCAUGGAGAACUCCUUAUGGAGCCAGUAUCUUCCAGUCCAAAGAAUCUUCAUCAGUGCUUAGCUGUGACAUCUCUGUGGAUGAUAAGUACAUUGUCACUGGCUCUGGAGACAAAAAGGCUACAGUCUAUGAAGUUAUCUACUGAAAAUAUGAUGGGGAUAUUCUUUUAGAGGUUGAACUGGGCCAAAAUUGUUUGUAGAAGUAGAAAGGUUUUGAAUUUUUGAAAGGAAGAAAAGUGUUCAGGUUCCAGACCUUGCCAUGAAACUACUCCGAUUUUCCAAAAUAGAAGGCAACAUGCAGCACCUAAGUAUUGGCUACGUGGACCAGACGGAACACAGAGGCAAGAUGGACAGAUGUAGCCUAGGUUUUUCACAUAAUUUUUAAAAGCCAAGUCUACUGAAGAAUGUUGGAGCCUUUUAUUUUUUUCUUUUUGUGACCUCAUGCAAAUUUUUCUCAUUGCCUGAAUAUGGGGGAUAAACACCUUUCUGUUCCUUGCAGUUCAAGUUGCAUUCUGUCCUGUAUAGAACAGCAGUGUCUCAGAUGAACUUGUUUCCUGGUUUUGCAUCUUGUGAUAUGUUUUUGUAUUUUUGUUGAAGGUCAAACAUUUGUAUAAAUUGUAAAUAUAUUUAGUUUACUACAGUAAAGGCUUUAGUACCAACAACCAGUCUUCCCCCUUGCCCCCUCCCUGCUUGCCCUGCUUAUUUAAAAUUAAAAACCUUUUGGGGAUAUAAGUACCUUUUUAGGAGUAAAAGCAAACACUAUGUAUAGUUUGAAAAUGGUGUCUUAUUCUUUAUAACUAUUGUUAGAUUCCUUUAUCAUACUUCAAAGUAGUUGAUUUGACAAAUUAGGGUAUCAAGUCCAGUAGAUAUUGUCUUGUUCUACGGAAACUUAAAGGCAGUUUUGUACUAAUUAUAGUGUACAUAUAAAAAUUGAACAUUUCAUAAAGCUGUGUAGUUUAAGUUUAUUCUGAUGUCCCAUGCAUAUGUUCUUUGGCAGAUACAGUAAUAUGUGCCUGAUUAUGACUCAUUUGGUCAUUCCUCUAGCAGAGGAGGUGACUUGCCUGUCCUUUUCCCCCCCAGCUGAACAGAAUUCAUGUGAGACUUCAUUUCAACCAAGUACAUCAGAGCCUUUAUUCGUUAUAUGAGGAUGUCUGUGAUUAGAUAAGCUAGAUAAGUUGCAUCCUUCAUGUUUUACAGAGAAGUGGUAGUUAAUGACCAUUUCCUUUUUAAAGUCUUGUCUAUACUUAGAUACUCAGGUAAAUUUUAAUAAAUUACCAAAAGUGUGAGUUUUACAGGGGAUUGCUUAAAGAUGUUAAAUACUUGCAGGGUUGCAAGUGAAGUGAAUUAACCUAAACUAAGUUAAACUCGCUUCUUAAUUUCUUGGGAGAAUAUUGACGAAGGAAUAUUUUGAUUUUUAAUUAAUCCACUCUACAAAUUAAUUAGAAUUAAUUUUCCUGAGUGUCCCAUGUUUCACAGGCCUGUAGGCUCUAUGUAUUCAUGCUGAGCAAUCUUUGAGUCCUUUCCAUUGUCACAUCACUGUGGGACAUCUGUGAAGAGCCAUGAUAAGCAGCCAGUUACCAAAGCUAUGCAUCUUCAAGUUUUCUUGGUGUACUCAAGAGCAAUGGAUGAGGAGAGAAUGUGAACUUUAUUUAACUAGUAUUUUUUCAGUCUAAUGUGUUCUGCCAUUGUGUGCUAGACAACAAACUUUGCUGUUGCACUGAUGAGAGCCAUACAUUUCCUACAUUCUGUAAUUUGGUUAGGGUUUCUGUUGCUAAUGGAGAGUACAGAUGAAGAGAAGGAUUUCUUUGAACAAGUAAUUUAAUUACACAAACUGGCAGACAGAAGAAGAGCUGCUUUCUCAUUUUGCUAGCAUUUGACAAUGGCCUAUGUCCCUGCUCUUUCAAAGACGCGUAGCUAGGAAGAAACAAGCUUGACUGACAGAUGCGUUGAUUGGAUAAGGAAUCUUUCAUCUGGGGGCAAAUUUUAUCUAAGUUUCUAGUCUGAAGAGACACAGGUUUUCUUUUCAAUUUAUGUGACCAUUCUACUGAAACCAUUUUAUAGCAUCUAGAAGUGUAAUAGCCUUAACAUAUUCACAUUACAUUCAGAAUGUAAAAUGUUACCCAUUCAGGGUAAUCUGGUCUCCUAAACAUUUAAAAUUAGCAUUCUACCAAUAUAUAUCCAUAUAUAUCUUCAUUGAUUACUUAGUUCUUAAUUUGUAUCUAUAUGAAAAUGACAUCUGUAUGAAAAUGUUGCUUUCAGACAUAGUGGGGCAAAAAGCAGAGUCAUCAGACUUAUCAAAGAAUUAACUAUAUUUGCUACACUGAAAUACUGGGAAGUGCUAUGCCAUUUUUAAAAAGGAAAGUUUUAAAACAAGAGUUUUUAUGAGAUUACUUGAUUUUUACACUUUUCAUAUUGAAAUUUUUUCUGAACAUCUGGCCCUGGCAGUAAUCACUGACUUUAGAAACACUGGCAAAUUUGUUUUAGUUAGAACCUCUGGGAUUUUUGCCAAACUGCUAUCACCUUGGCUUUUGCUUUAUGGGUAUCCUUUUGCUGUUCUCUGAAGUCAAUAUCAGAUGAACCAAGAAUGCAAGUAUUCUUACACAUCCAUAUAAAAACCCCACGGAAGUGUAAUUGGUCUGCUAUAUGUUGUGACAUAGUGCUUGCUAGUAAGAUCACAUUCUUUUCAAUCAUGAGGUUCAAAAUCAUAGUGUCAGGAAAAUCUUAAAAUACCUUGUUUUCUUGGCUUCUAGAGUGCACAGUGUCAAAGCAGUUAUGGAAUCAGAAAUUUAUGCAUGUGAAUGAAUUUAAUCAUAUUUGUAUCGUAUAUUUCUUGAUUGUAAUUAAGACACUAAUUCCUUUUUUCCCCCCUUUAUAUCUACUCUAUGCCUUGGGUCUAAAAAUUAGUGGAUGCAUCUGAAAAUUUCUGGAUGCAUCAUCCAUAUCAUCCAUACUUGUGGAUGAGUAGUUGCCUCCAUUUGUUGUUUCAGAUUUCACUUUAAUGUUUAUAAAACAUGACUUUUUUCAUUUGUCAGACAGUAAAGCAUAUUUUACUUGCAGAUGUAGUUUUUAAUGAAAAGAUAGAUUUACUGAACUCCUAGCAUGUCUACACAAUUACCUUAAAGAUGUAAAACUUGUGAAGCUUAAAACUUUUGUAAGUUCUUGUAGACCUGUGUGAAGUAGUGGGUGGAAAUAAUUGCUUAUUGAAUGAAAAAACAGACCAACCAAGAUCAGCCAGAACAGAAAAGGCACUUGGAAAACCAUGUGGGUAAAAGAAAUGCACCAGUAACUAUUGUGUAGGUAAUUAAUUUUAUUUUUUUUUUGUGGGGGUGCAAUUUAAUUACAGUCUUAAGAUUGCUUUGGUUAGCCCCUUUUUGGGACGGUCUUUAUGUGCUGGGUGGCCUUCAGUAUUCAGAGAUGUCUGAAUGCCACUCUGGCAAAUGCUAGUGCUACGUAGAAGCAGGGAGUCCUUACUAAAGACAGUUUGGAUGUCAGUGCAAACAAUAACUGAUGAAGAGGGGAUUUGUGGUAAUGCCAAUUCAACUGAACAAAAUCCUUUGCCAGCUUUAAUAUGUAUAUUUUGUAUAUGUGCAUUAUGGCAUAACCCUUCAUAAAUCAAUUGUACAGAAAGUCAUGAUACCAUUCCAGACAAUGUAUUUGUCAGUGUGUCAGACUUUCUUUUUGAUUAUAAUUUCAAGCAACAAUAGUUCCCCAUGUUAGUCCACAAGACACUGGUACCUGAGACAGAAGUUUCAUCUAUGUUGGUUCUUUCUAACUCAUUUGGCAUUUCUAGGACUUUUGUUCCUUUAAAGGAAAGAGGGAGCUCUAAAUGCUCUAAGAUUUUCGUAGACUGUUAUAACAAGUGUUAUUUUUUAAUAGAAACAUCAAUGUAGAAUCAUACAUACUUCUGUGUAUGAAUGAUUGACCAUAAUUUUUAGGUCACAUUUUUGCAUUGGUGAUACAAGUAGAAUUUCAGAAGCUUCCAAGUUACUCAAGUAACUCAGAUUGACAAACUGAUUUUUGGUUUUGGUGUUUAAUUCUUGAUAGGGUUUUUUGUCUGUAAUUUUGUGGAAUGACUGGCCCACUUAGGUGCCCAUGGGAUUAUGUAGUCUAGCUAGAAUGGUAUUUCUUAUUUUCUAUUAUAUUGGUGCAAUUUUGAGUUGAUGGGGAAAUUCCACCAUUCUUUUAAUUAAGAAAGGUGGAUUUUGAAGUUUUGGGCUAAGGAGGAGUACUGACUUCUGAUUUCGCACUACUGAUAAAGUGUUUACCCCUUAAAUCACUUCACUGGAUAAUCUGGACUGACUCCCAACUCUGCUGUCUCCUUUAAGGGUUCUGUUUUUAUCUCCUACCACAAAUACACAGAAAGACUUUAAAAAUGUAAGUCUGUGUAGGGUUUCAUUAAAUUAAUUCUGUUCUGCCAGACAGACACACUUCAUUACACAGCGAGCAAAUUGAAGCAAAUCCACGUUGAACCUGACAAACACCAGAAUGCAAGAGAGUUCAUGACAGGAAAUUCAUGGACAGAAUCACUUUGGUUAGAAAAGCCCUCCAAGGUCACCUAGUCCCAACUUUGACUGAACAUCACAUGUAAACUAAACCAUAGCAUUAUGUGCUGUAUCCAGUCAUUUCUUGAACACUUGUGUGGUGGGUGACUCUACCACCUCCCUGGGCAGCCUGCGCCAAUGCUUGACAACUUUAUCCAUGAGAAAAUUCUUCCUGAGGUCCAACCUAAACCUACCCUGGCUUAGCUUGAAGCUGUGUCCUCUUGUCCUGUGGCUGAGAGGAGAGGCCAAGUGGCACCCAACUUGCUACAACUUGAUUUCAGGGAGUUGUAGAGUGGUGAAAUCUCCCCUGAGCCUUUUCUCCAGGCUAAACAACCCCAGCUCCAUCAGACACUCCUUAAAAGACUUGUGCUCCAGACCCUUCACCAACUCCUUUGCCCUUCUCUGAACACACCUCAGUGUCUUUGUCAUGAGUGGCCUGAAAUGGAACACAGGAUUUGAGGUGCAGCCUUUCCAGUGACAAGGGCAGAGAAAAUCCUGGCCCUGGUCCUGCUGGCCACAAUGCUGCUGACACAAAGCAGGACACCACUGGCCACCUUGGCCACCUAGUCACAUUGCAGGACAAGGGAAAAUGAGAACAUAGAAUCGCAUACAUUUCAGAUGUAAUCUAAUGGGCAAUCUACGCAAUUCACCUGGAAUGAGAUUUCAGUGUGCAAUUUCACUGACUUCUGUUUCUCUGUAAAAUUGUUCAAAUGUUUCUGCAUUAUUAUUCAAAGACAUAUGAGUUGUGUGUUUGAACUGGAAGUGGACAUUUCUUUGAUAUCCAUAAACACCAAAUCAUCUCAUCCUAAAAGGAAAGGGAGUUAAAUCAUAGCCAGUUCUCAACAUUUACCAUCACCUCUUAUUUCUGCAGCUCAAGAUCUGCUUCCAAGCAACUGAUAAUCCCAUUUUCAGCAACAUACUCCCAAAUGUCUCAUUGCAACUUGAGUGCUUAGUGCAGUGUGGUAGAUUUUGUAAGGGAAACCAUACAUGUAAGAACUGGGUGCUUGAAAAAUCUGCCCUAUGGGUCUGUAUUACUGACGUCUCUGAGAAAUUAACACAGAAUUUCUGCUCAACUGUAUAGGAGAGAUCAAACACUCACUGAGACAUUUUAAGCACACAGGUGGGCUUGUGGUUUUUUUGGUUUGGUUUGUGGUUUUUACCUAUUUUCUGCUGAUUUAUUUCUUUUUUUUUCUUCUGAUAUAAAUCUAAAAAGUAUAAAUUGAAUACAACAAGAAAACAUUAAGGGAAGUCAAAAGAACUUAUAUUAGUCUUCAUAUGGCAGAAUGUUGUUGAAGAUACUGUAUCUCAAAGCAAAGAACCUACUAUUUCUGUGAUAUUUUGUUCUUGAGAGAACUGGAUUUCUAUUUCCAUGAGGCUAAAGUGCUGCUCAGAAAACUGAAUACCAAAAACUUUUGGUUGCAGGGACAAAUGUUAGUUAUUUUCAAAUCGGAGCCAGGAUUUUUUUUGUUGUUGUUGUUGGUUUUUUUUUUUUUUUUUUUUUUUUUUUUUUUUUUUUUUUAUUGGGUUUUUGUUUUGUUUUGUUUUGUUUUGUUUUUGUUUUUUCUCCAAUAUUUCUUAGAUCUGAGUCCCAGAGUUCACUCCGAGAAGCUAAACAGCAAUCUAUGUUCUUUCUGGCUCUAUGCUCUAUUAUGCAUUAUUAAGAAUCUAGUUGCCUGUUAAUAAUAUAUAGUAAACAAGAAAAUCUGAUUGAAUAUUUUAGUGGAUAGCUGCAUAAUUAUAUUGAGCAGUGUCUGCUGUAAUGAUUUUCCUCACUAAAGGAAGCACUCAGAUAUAAAAUAGCUGCAUUAUUCUAUAACCAUACUUUUAUUGUUGAUGCAAUUCAUGGUUUGGCAUAGUUGACUCUUCCUAGAAAAAUUCUGUGGUGGCUUCUGAGGUAAAACUUAAAAUCAUAAGAUUUUCCCUUCCUAUAUAUAAUUUCAUAUGUGAUUUUUCCCAUUUUUUUAAAAGUUAUGUUGAUUCAUAGAAGAGAUGCUGCAAGGAACACUAGACAUUUCUAUUGUAUACAUCUUGGCAAGGAUUGCCUUUGCUUUGUUCACAGCACAAAGAUAUCUCUCAAACCCUGUUUCUGUCUGUAUUCUGCCAAAAAAGUUUCAGGUGAAGAUAACACAUAGUCUGGAGACUAAGUAAUCGAACAUAUUGUUAUCAUUAUCCCUUUUGUAUACUCUGUCAUUAACAUAGAAAAUGGAGAUGAUAGCCUGUAACUGCAAACAAUAAAUGCUGUUUUUCCUUUGAGCACUGAUUUUAAUGGCAAUUUAAAGAAUUUAACAAGCAGAAUGAAGGGGUCAUAAAUGAAAGUUAACCCAUAGCAGUUGGAAACUGAGAAAUCCUUGUUACUUUCCUGGUAGUGAGCCUAAUUUGUUUAAAAUAAAAUCCAUCUGCUCAUUUCACAGUCUUUGUCACACUUCCUUCAGCAAUCCACAGUGGAUUACACCCUUACUUUAAAAACUGGCUGCAACUAUGAUAAGCUAUUAAAUCUUAUUUUGUGGUUUGCUGUAGCACAAAAUUUUGCAGACCAAUGAAGAUGCCCUUUAUUCUUUCUUAAAAGAUAGUCAGCUAUUGGGUUUUGGGUUGUUUUUUUUUUUUUUUGCAGUUGGACACGAUUUUUUAAAAUUAGUUUUCAAAUAAAUAUACAAUCUGAUGGCUUUGCAAAUUCAAAGUAUUUUCUAAUUGUUGAUGAAUUAGCCAAACACUACUGUUAAGUAUGUAAAUGUCCUUAAUGUCAGCCUGUUGCCAAGCAUGCAACAAAACUUUGGAGUCAUUCAACUUUUGUGGCUACAUUAAAUUUACUUACUGGAAUAAGUUUCCUUUUUCAUACAGAAAUCACUUUACUACCAUGCUCCUUUGUGGUUCCUUCUGAAUAUACAUUAGAUCUCUAGAGGUGUUUUAAUGAGUUAUACAUACAUAAUGCUUCUAAUUUUUCUCUUGUCUUUCUGAUUGUUAAUUGUAUGAGAUGUGUAUUUCUGACAGCAGUUGAGUGAAUAUUCACAAAUAUAUAAUUGAAUUUUUGAAUGUGUACUUCAAGAAGUUUAUAGACUUGUAUAGAUAAAUAAUUGAUUUUCGUUUGUCAAAUUGAAGAUUUUUCAAGUCCUGAUACUCUUGUAUUUUUAUCAGUGGAUCUGUUUAAGGAAAUACUUCUGAAUUUUGAAUGGUUUUCAUAGCUUUUUUAUUUGUUUAUAGAGACUCUUCUUCCUUGAGUACAAGUUAUUGACCUGGUAUUCUAUUUAUAAUUCUUCCCAGUUCUUCAGUAUUUUAUCUAGCUGUAACUUAUUAAAAACCACAAAUAUGAAAUGGGGAUAUUAAUGACAAGUGGUUUAAAAAUGUGAGAGUUUUAAAAUGCAUGUUAGAAUAUUUCAACAUUUUUGUUAACUGUAAUUUUACAUUUUUUCAUUACUUAAGUAAUUAAAAAAAAAUCCUUAGGGUUGAAUUAUAGUAAAAUUUUAUACAUCUCAGUACUAAUUUUGUCUCCCAGUGGACAGCAAUAAUUUAGAUGGGAUUGUUUUUACUCUAUCUAAUUUAUUCUUGGGCAGGGGGGAAGGGGAAAAAUAUUAACCUUGCAAAUUUUGCUAAUCAUAAUAAUUUCAUUACUAUUGUUUUUAAUAACCUCCAUGCCUUCAGAAAUUUGUUCUUCUAUAUUUUGAAGAAAACAUACAGAUAUACAGGGUUCUGUAAUAAAAUGUGUUUACAGUAUUUAUCCCCUGGGUUAACUAUAACAGUAAGGGGAAGUACAGUGACAGAUACCACUUGCAAUAGUUGCUAGUGCUAUGUGCCUUUGAAUAAUUUUCUUUAGUUAUUAAUUUUUUUUGUAAUCUUAGGUGAGAUGAGCCACUUUAAAUCAGUUUCAUUUCUAUCAAAGUAGAUAUAAUAAUACAUUCUUAGAGCUUUACUAAUCUUUCUAAUUUUAAAUCUGCAAGGUAAAUGGUUGCAUGGAUGGUUUUGAACUGAUUCAGCUGUUAUGGUUAACUUCCUAGGUUUCAAAAUCUGCUAUAGUAGAGGGAGAAAAUACCAGUUAUAUUUGGGAGGGUUAUUGCUUUCAUUUUGUACUAUAUAUCAGUGGGACUUUCUUACCACAGUAGGUGUGCUCACAGUUUUAAUGUUCCCAUAGUUUGCUCCAUGUGUUUCAUUUGAAUUUAACUUACAAAUUAAUCCCUUUCCAUAGGUGUCUGCUUUGUACCUUAACAAGUAUUAAAAUAAUCAAAAUAUCACUGCUUGA